CUGGAAGCUCAGCCUCGCGCCCCUCGCUCCCGAUGACGGGCGCGGGCUGCCCGGCGCCCAAUGACCUCCUCUCGGCUCGUUUUUGUUUAGCUUAGCAACCGCCGCUCCCUCCCUCGGCAGGCGCCUGGGUAGGCAGAAAGGCAGGCCUACGUAACCCGGGUGGCAGGCUGGCUCUCUCUCGCGCGCGCGCUCCGUCCCCAGCCGUCUUCGGUGCAGACCCGCAGAAGGGAAGCCCCGCACUGGCCAAAAAGGAAGCCGCCGCAACCGCGACGCUUCUCUUCUGGCCGCCGCGCCUGCCGAAGUAGGUCUCGGCACCAUGAAGGUGGCGGUCCUCGACCUGGCCACCGUCUUCGCAAAACUCUUCAAGCCCACCGCCUCGUCCUCCUCGUCGCCCUCUUACUCGCCCGCCCCCGGCGCCCCUCCGCCCAAAGUACAGCCUCUCCUCGCUGUCUCGGCGUCCCCGACGGGCGCCCCGUUUUUGCCCGUUCGCUACACUGCCCUGGCCUGCGCUGGGGGAGCCUCUCUUACAAGCGUAGCGGCGGCGGCUCGGGCGUUCCCCGGCGGGAGCGGGGUCGGGGCCGCGGCGCCGAAACCUUUGGCGACUGGCAGCUGCGCCAGUGGAAGCAGUUCUCCGCGCUCUGCCAGGGAGCCCGGGGCUUGGGCCGCGCCCGCCAGCAAACCGCUGCUUUUCGUCACUUUGCCCGACAUCGGCGAAGAGGGCGCGCCGGACCCGGAUCCCCAGGAAGAAACUGCUGCGCCCAGAAAAGGGCUGUCAAAAGGACUUGUGGACCAUCAUUUCCAAGCAAAGAAUGAAUAUUGCCUUCCAGCACCUUUUACAAAAAGUGUACAAGAAGCAAUUGACAACUAUUCCUUGGCUUCUGUUUCCUCACUUUCACAAAGCGGACAAACAACACCCACAGAUUUGAAUAACUCUUGGUCAGGGAUACAGAGCUAUACCACUGGCCCAUCUACUGAAAGAAGUUCUGUUUACUCCUGGGGUGAUGAUGAGUUUGAUAAAGCAAACACCCAGAGAGUGCAUCAGUUGUUUUGGGAUGUGGAUGAAAUGCUGUUUGAAGGAAAAGUGAGCUCCCAAACUGAGAUUUUAAAGACAGAAUGCAAAGACUGGACAAAUAGAUCACUUCACUUAAGGAUUUUGGGAAAACAGCUUCUUUUUCCAAAAGAUGAGGGUUUUCAGCAUUAUCAGAGCAGAAGUUCUAGUUCUGUGUAUUCGAAAUCUGUACCUAGUUUGAGUGAAAUCAACACCAGUAUGAGAGAGUUAUGCAUCUCAGGAUCAAAACUGGUACCUGCAGCUUUUCCAGUGCACAAAACAUUCAGCUCCAAAUUAACAGAGAUUUCUUUACCUGAUUCACCUGGAUAUUCGUUCUUGGAGGAAGAAAUUUAUGAUGCAGAAGGAAAAAUGGAAGAAUAUUUUGCAUUUGACAAGAAAGAAAUUGAUGAUGAAGGUUUAGAACAAAGAAAUGCUCAACUUGCCCAAAAACAAAUUAAACACGGCAUUCCUCCUGUUUCUCCCAACUCCUGCAUCAAAGACGCUGUGACUGCUGAAGUGUUUGAUCAAAUCUGGAAAAAUGUAAUUAAAAUACUGGAAGAAUUAAUAAGAAAAUACUGGGAAUCAUCUAUUACAGAAAAUUUCAAGCAUACGGAGAAAUCAAAAGUUACUGGACAUAAGUUGUCACAUAUUCCACCCUCCCGUGCUAUGGUAGAUACAUCAAGUGUUCCUCCAUCCAGAGGGUCAGAGGUUCGAUCUUUUGGUCUGCAUUUUGGACAAUCCCAGGCCCACCGUUUCUCCAGCAGUUCACAUGGCAAUUUAAAUGGUGUCAUGACAAUUCAAGCUAAACCACUACAACAGAGACAUUCAAGCUUCAUUGAAAAGCAUGAACAAGAAGACAAGCCACAAGGUGUGGGUUCUAGUAUUAAUUCAGCAAAGAAUCGAGGGGGACGAAUGACUGAUAGCAAUGUCUCAUCAUUACCUCGAGUGUUGCCUGGAUCCUCUAAGAAAACAGUGGGCCAUCGUAGGUUACCAUCAAUAGCACAAGACCAACUACGUUUAAAGACUCCCAAUGUUUACAGUGAUGAAGUCCUGCGAGGAACAAAAUUAUGCACUGCCUUAGAUCGUUUGCCAUCUCCAUUUACACCUGCUGUCCGGAACAAGUUACCACCCAUUAAUUCAGACAUCAUUGAUCAAUACCUUUCAGUUCCUGGACUACGCUUAAGCUUUCAUAGAGGAAAACAUCUUCACAGCAGAAUAUCCAGUGCAGUACCUCACGGUCUGGAACGACGACCUCAUAGAGAGCGAACUGUCUUAAUAGAUCAAUUUUCAAGGCCCAACACAACUCAUACGUUCCGGUCAGAUACACCUCAGAAAAGGUCACUAACUUCUAUGGAUCUUGCUAAUCAGUUGUGGACAGGCCAAGGAGUAGUAACAGGUUCACAGUUCCAUGCCAGGUCAUUCCAGAAAAAUCCAUCUCUCUCUAGGAGAAGAUUUCAAGUUGCUUAAUGACAUAUAGGAGCAAGAAGAAAAGAAAAUGGCACAGUCAAAAUCCUCAAUAAUGCAGCAAUCUUUAGGAAUACUGAAAUGUUGUGUCUGAGUGUUCAGUAUGUGUGCAUAUUGCCUGAAUGUGGAGUGCCAUUUGGUUUCUAAAAGCAUAAAAUUCUACUAAACUGAAUAAGAAAGA